AUGGCCUGCAACAACCUCUGCCGUCCCUGCGGACCCACCCCACUGGCCAACAGCUGCAACGAGCCCUGUGCCCUGCAAUGCCAGAACUCCAGCGUCAUCAUCGACCCUGCCCCUGUGCUGGUCACCAUGCCAGGACCCAUCAUGACUUCCUUCCCCCAGAACACCGCCGUCGGAUCCACCUCCUCGGCUGCCGUGGGCACUGAACUCAGUGUGCAGGGACAGCCCAUCUCUGGUGGCUUUGGCUUUGGCUACGGGCUGGGCUGUGGCUACGGGCUGGGAGGCCUUGGCUGCUAUGGCAGAAGGGGUGGCUACAUCUGCUAAGGACCCUCAGCAUCACUCCUGACACCACCAGCUCCUUCAAGCAAAGGAUUUCAGCUGGUGUUCUCCCUUAUUGAAGCUCACACCACCUCCAUUCCCACUUCUUUCUUCUGCCUUGUUAUUCUACUGCCUCAAUAAAGCUUCACUGUAAUGUA